AUGACCCCUUUUGAUCUUCAUUCACGACAACCUCAACAGCCAAGAGUCAUGGGAAUGGCAGCGCUUGACGGCAACGUUGCGGCUCCACAGCGCUACAACGGCGGUCAUAGGCUGAGGCAGCCACCCAAACACGAACCAGAAGAAGAAGAAGGGAGAGGAACGUCCGAUAAUAUCAGCAACACCGCCCUACAUCGUUUUCGGCACCCUAGGCGAUCCUCCGAUGCACGCGACGACUCUUACAAGGAAGUUGUUGAGGCGACGCCGACACUUUUCUUCCCACCGGGAAAUCGCCGUUCACGCUCUACUCCCUUCAUCGACCUCUUAAAUGGCGAAAAUGACCACAACACUGAACGACUUUGGGGAACGUACAAGGAGGUGUUUUAUCAAACAUACCCAUCAUGUUCUUGCCCAAAGAGCAUUCUACACAUGGCAAUGAAGAUGACAAGUCAUAGCAAUCUACACAAACUUUGUCCUGAUCGAUGA